AAAAAAAAGGAAAAAAGAAAGAAAGAAUCCAUAAAACUUAGAAAAGAUGAAGAUCAGUUCCAGUACUUCAACUUCCAAACUUGCACGAAAGACUAUUGAAAGAAACAGAAGAAUGCACAUGAAAGGACUUUGCUUCAAGCUUGCCUCCCUCAUCCCUCGCCACUUCAACACCACUAAGGAAAUAUCAUCACAGCAAGAUCAAUUGGACCAUGCUGCCAGUUAUAUAAAGGAACUGAGACAAAGACUCGAAGAACUCAAAGAAAGGAAGCAGGAAGCCAUAAAUAUCUGUGGGAUCAACAAUGAUAUCAGAGAAACAAUGUCAAUUGGCUCAAACGUGCCGGUAUUGGAACUGAGGGAUAUGGGUCAUAGCCUGGAGGUCACUUUGAUCACUGGAUUGAACAAGAACUUAAUGUUUACUGAAGUUAUCAGUGUUCUUACAGAAGAAGGAGCAGAAGUUGUUAAUGCUAGCUUCUCUGUUAUGGGUGAAAAGGUUUUCUACACUAUCCACUCUCAGGCUACUAGCUCGAGAAUAGGAGUGGAUACUACGAGGUUAUGUCAGAGACUGAAGGAGUUUGUUCUCUAGUUCUAUUUUCCCCGAAGAGACCUCUUAGCAAGGGUUGUAAGAGGUCUCCACAUAGUUGUAUUGCAUUGUAAUGAGUCUCUCUCUCUCUCUCUCUCUCUGAUUGUAACACUCUUGUGGAUGAUAAUAAAAAUGAGUGGUAUACAAAAUUUAAGCUUCUGUUUUGUGUUCUUUUUUUUA